GUCCUACGGUCUCCGUUUAAAAACUAUACCGCGUAAGUUAGAUGAGGAGAGGUUUCCGUGGCUAUUGUUAGCGGGGGGUUCUAAUAAAACUCAUCCGGAGAGAGUAGCACUGUAGUGAAGGAGAAAGUUGAGUCUUCCUGCUGUCAAUUACCGAGAGGUCUCGUCCCCAAAGGACGUUGAAACCCGACAAACAGACGCCAGUACGUGUAAAUGAUGGAGUCUUGUUUCGGGGGGAAACCGGACAGAGUCGGUCCGGUUGUGGUGGACGAUAUCAAGAGAGACCUGCUGCGGGAGUUCACUGCUUUACCUCAACAGGACGCCGUUCAGUCUGAGAACCUGCAGGUUUACCUGCGUGUUCGACCGUUCACUGCAGCCGAGAGCGACAAGAAGGAGGCACAGGACUGUGUGACCAUCGAGGGACCGGACACUGUUGUCCUGACGGCUCCCCGGAGUGGUCAAUCAAACCGGCAGAGCGACAAGUCCCUCCCACAAACCGCGCAGAGGUUCACCUUCACACAGGUGUUCGAUCCCGAGUCCAGCCAGAAGAAGGUCUUCGACGGGUCAGUUCGGGAUUUGGUCCGUGACGUUCUGACCGGAGGAAACUGUCUUGUGUUCACCUACGGAGUCACCAACGCUGGGAAGACCUUCACCUUCCUGGGCCCGGACCAUGACUCAGGUCUGUUGCCCCGGGCUCUGUCCGUGAUCUUUAACAGCAUCGAGGGCCGUCUGUACGGUCGGUCCGAUCUGAAGCCGCAGCGCUGCAGAGACGUCAGCAGACUGACUCCAGACCAGCAGGCAGCUGAGAGCAGCAGCAAGAGAAACCUGCUGAGGCUGCUCAAGGAGAGCGACAGAAGUCAGACGUCGGGCAGAUCGACCUUCCUGGACGGCUCCUCCCUCAGCACUGACAGCGGCGUCUCCGAGGCCGACAGCUUCUCAUUGGACGUUGAGUCAAACGUCCGCUUCUCCGUCUGGGUUUCCUUCUGUGAGAUUUACAACGACAACAUCCACGACCUGCUGGAGCAGGUUCCCGGUGGUCACCUCAGGAGGACGGUUCUGCGUCUGUCUCAGGACGUCAAAGGAAACUCCUUCAUCAAAGACCUGCGCUGGGUCCAGGUGAGCAGCUCCGACGAAGCCUACAGAGUGAUGAAGAUCGGGAAGAAGAACCAGAGCUUCUCCUCCACCCGACUGAACCAUCUGUCCAGCAGGAGCCACAGCAUCUUCUCCAUCAGGAUCCUCCGGGUGGACGACGCCGGCGUUCCCAGAGUCCUCGGCAUCAGCGAGUUGUCCCUGUGUGACCUGGCCGGGUCGGAGCGCUGCUCCCGCACGCACAACACCGGGGAGCGCCUGAAGGAGGCGGGAAACAUCAACAACUCGCUGCUGACGCUCGGGAAGUGCAUCAGCGCCAUGAGGCUCAACCAGCACACCAAGGUCCAGCACCACGUCCCCUUCAGGGAGUCUAAGCUCACCCACUUCCUGCAGUUCUUCUUCUGUGGUGGUGGCCGGGUGUCAAUGGUGGUCAACAUUAACAAGAACUCUGCCUGCUUCGACGAGACGCUCAACGUCCUGAAGUUCUCCGCCCUGGCCCAGAAGGUGGUGGUGUUGAACUCAAGGCCGGUUGUCCCGGACCAUGUCCCCCACAACUCAGCCAUGGAGCUGUCUCUGAUCAUCGAGGACGCCGAACACCGCAGGAAGGUGUCUGGGCGGGGCAGGAAGAGCUCGCUGGUUGCCUGGGAGACGACCCUGGAGGAUGUGCUGGAGGAUGGGGAGGAGGGGGAAGAAGAUGAGGAAGAUGAGGAGAGUGUGAUGGAAGGGACGGUGCUGGAUGCAGGAGGCGAGGAAGACGAGGGGGAGGAAGGUGACACGACCAUGGAAGUUGAAGACAAGCACGGGGACGCGGCUCUGCGCUUGGUCCUGGAAGCUCAGAUCAGAGAGGAAGUCAGCGCUGAGUUCAUGGAGCUCUACAGCAAGAUGGAGAAAGACUACAGUGAGCGCCUGGAGAAGGAGCGGGAGAUCCUCGAGGAGCGAGCUGAGAAGAGAGUGGAGAUCCUGAAGAACCUUGUCAAUAAGACGGCAGACCUGAAGACCGCCAACAGCAAGGAGGCCGAUCUGUUGGAGAUCUUCAGCUCGGUUACUGAAGACCUGGAGAAGAUCAGAGAAGAUGCUCAGAGUGUUCACCUCUGUCUGACUGAGCACGCACACAAUGAAGAACUGGAAGCGCUGCGGUUGGAGAAGCAGCGGUCACAUGACCAGCUGCUGGAGGCCAAAGAGAUCCUGAAGCAGCACCAGCUGCACUUAUCAGAACUGAUGGAGAUAAAUCAGCAGAAAGACGACAUCAUCGAAAGACUGAGGACGGAGAACCUAGAGAACCCCCACAUGGAGCUUCAGCAGACAUGCAGCUGUCUGAGGAGGACCACAGGAGAGGAGGUGACAGAGGAGAACACGAAGCGUCAGUGUGGAGCUCUGGUGGAGGAAGAGGAGAGAGGACCAGCAAAGAAGAGAGUGCUGGAGGAUGAGAUCUGGAGGCUGCAGGAGGACAACGACCAGAAGGACGAAACCAUCAAGGAGCUGAGGAGACGGGAGGACGAGCUGAAAGGACUGGAGGACGAGCUGAGAGGGAGGGACAAGGAGCUGAGGAGACGGGAGGACGAGUUGAGAGGGAGGGACAAGGAGCUGAGAAGACAAGAGGAGGAGGGGGAGGUGCUGAAGAAGGAGCAGGCUGCCCUGGAGCUGACCGAUCUGGAGGAGUGUCCCCACUGUGCGUCUGUGUUGUCGUCCCUGGAGGCGAAGCAGAGGGAAGCUUCCAGACUGGUGAAGGAGAACAAAGCUCUGGUUAACGGGAUCUUCCAGCUCCAGAUGGAGGUGACCCGUCUCCAGACGGAGCUCAAGGAAAAGACUGACAGGUCUGACAGCCCAUCACAGCCACUGAAUAUUGAGAAGACCCGCCUCCCAGACAUGCAGAGCCAAUCGGAGGAAAAGACGCAGGUGGAGUGUCUGAAGCAGGAGUUUCAGGAGGAGCCGGGGCAGAGCAGCAGCAGGGUCUUCCACGCCGCCAUGGAGAAGCUGAAGAAGGAGAGCCAGGCAGCGCUGGAAAGGUCUUCUCAGCAAUCACUACAGAUCCAGGAUCUGCUGAGAGAGAAGAGCCAACUGGAGGAAUCCCUGAUGAACAGUGAAAACAGGCUCCUUAAACUCAAUGAGGAGUCCGCCAAUCAGACGGCAGAAUUCACGAGUCGUCUCCGCAGCCUGAAGGAGGAGCUUGAGUCUGAAGGCGGAGCUCUGCGACGUAAACUGGAGGAACGGAGGAGGAGUCAGGAGAGGGAGAAGGAAGAGCUGCUCCGGGUCCUGUCCGAAAAGGAGAAACUCAUAGAAGAAUGUCGUGGACAGACAGAGACUCUGAGAAAAGAGCUGGUGCGUCUGAGUGAAGACCUGCGGAGGAGGGAGGAGAACAGAGAGGUGGAGGUGCCGGUGGUGGAGGAGCUGAAGGAGGCGAUCCAAAGACUGCAGGAGGAGGAAGAGGAGGAGGAGGAGGAGGAGGGAAGCAGCAGGACGUUUGAGGCUGUGAGGAGGGAGGUGGACAGACUGCAGAGAGGGAAGGAGGAGGGAGACCCACAGAGGCGUGGCGUUCGAGUCCCUCUUUCAGAGCGGGACGUCCAGGUGUCUCCUCUGCGAUCCAACAAGGCCGACGGGAAAACAACUCCAGGGAGGAAGAGGAAGAGCUGUGAGGUGCAGGACUUGGUGUUCAGUGAGAACAAGAGGAACAAAGUGAGAUGCUGUCGAAAAAACAAACCGGUGAGAAACAAAAGACAGCUGAAGAGAAAAUCUUCUGCGCUGAAGGAGAAGAGCGACGGUGCUCUUCAGAAGAUCGAGGAGUUGAUCCACAGCUCUCCGUCCAUCCUGGGCAGCAAAGCUAAAUCCAUCAUGGGCCUCGUCGGUGGACAUUCAGUGGAGAAGGUGACUGGGGCAACCAGACCCAAACGAGGACGGAGAAAGCUUUAUAAGACUGAGGACUCGUCUCUGCUGUCCGAUUCCCCGAGCAUGAUGGCAGCAGGAGCAAAGGAGGAGAAGGAGAGCGAUCACCUGAUCAUCAAGAGACAGCUGCGCUCCAAUAAAAGCAGGAAGUGACUGUCAUCCACUGACUGGUCAUGUGACCACUGGUCUGCAACGAUAUCCGUCUUACCAAAGAGAUUGGUUUUAAAUAUUUGUUUGUUUUUGUUUUUUACUGAGAGGAGGACAACGCCCCUUUUCCCCAAAUAAAUCACAUCAAAUCCAAA